AUGUUCAAGUUUUUCAUUUCCUUCUUCCUUGUCCUACUUGCUUUCUCAGCAGUACUCGGAGAUAAAUCAGCAGUGAUUACUUGCUUCGGUGAUUGUAUCAAAGUUGAUGAGCCUGAACAAGUGAAAGAAUGCACACAAAAGUGUGUUGGAGGUCCUAUAGAUGACGCAUCCAGAGCUUUCCUGGAAUGUGAGUCGAAAUGUGUGGAUUUGUGGUUCAGACCAGAGUACGACAACACCAAGGUUCCCGAGCUCUUAAAAUGUAAUUCCGAGUGUGCUGAUGAAUACACGAAGGCUGCAUGA